AUGCCAGUGAAUCCGCUCAUCGCCUAUCUCGUCUGCGUUCUCCUCUUCAUCGGUAUUCUGGUUCUUCUGAUUUUCUGGAAUAUUCGCCAAAUUACUCGUCGUCCAGCUCGCGACCGCUCCUUGAAACCUCUUCCUCUUCACUCGAAAAUGUCCGCUCGUCGACACUUCAACAGAAACGUUCGUCUCUCGACGGUGCCACGAAAUGGAUCACGAGAUGCUCAUCAGCGAAAAUCCCAGGAGCCAGUGGUGCCAUCAGAAUGCGCAUAUUUCAAGCAAUAA